AAAGGGGGAGUUGGGGCUGGGUAGGGACUGCUUCAUAGUAGCUGUGGCUGACUAGUUCCCUACCUCUUCAAAAGUGGCCAUGGCCAUCUGGGUAAAGAGAGCAGUCAGUCAGAUGGGGGAAAACCUUUCAGCCCCAGCCUUAAUCCUGGUCCAAAUGCGGUUUCUCUUUCAGAAGGAAAAUCAGAGAGGCCAGAAUAGCAAGUAAAAGAACCCAAAGAAAGAGAGCAGGUCAUUGAAGUUUCUCCCCCAGACUGGCUAUAAUUCCAUACAAGUUACCAGUGUUCAAAGUGGGUGGUGGCUUGGCUGUUGGCCUUUGAUUUACUGCUUGGAAUUCAUUAACUGAGCGUAAUGGAUUGACUAGAGGGGCCAAGGGUGCUGGACUGAAACAUUCCCAUGUUCCAGCAGAGGGAGCAGUUCUUUGCUAGGUGCCUCUAGUCUGCAGAGUGUAGAGUAGGUGAUAGAGGUUUAGAAACUACACAGGGUUGGGUGGGGAGAUGUGCUAGGCAUGGGCCAGGAAAUGAGCCCGUGGUGCUAAGGGUGGGGGCUGAACAAAGCAGCUACCACUUUAGAAGACAUGGUGGAACUGUCCCGAGGCUGGCUGGCACGUCCAGAGCCUACAUCCAGCAGAGUGAAGAGGAAGAUACCCUAGCAGCAGCAGAAGCAGCACCAGUGAUCAAGGUACCUGAAUAUAGAGACCGGUCAAGUUUGCCUGAAAGCCAGAGUACAACAGCUCCCUGCAUGGCAGUGGUUCAGACUGCCCCCAAGCCCCAAUCCCCUCCAGCCCUUUGGGUCCUGAGUUUCCUGGCCUUGAUACUUAUGCUUUGUGCCUUGUGCACCACCUGUCACAGGAAGGGUAAAAGAAGGCAGCAGUCUGGGCUGAAUCUAGUGGAUGUGUCAUUACUGAGACAGACCCAGCUUCAUUCACUCAGCAAGUCAGACUCUAAACUGCAUGAACUCAACCAGGGCCCUAGGAACAGUAAAGCCCAGCGUCCUGUCAGCAUUGACCUCCUAUACCCACGGUGGCCAGGAGGGAUCAGGGCUGAUGUUCAGAUGACCACAGUGCCUCCUGUCUUUAUUCACCGUGAGUUGCCCCAGCCUCCACUUGCUUCAGACUUCUUGGCUCUUGAGUCCACCUAUUCCAAUGUGAGGCUGGCAGCUGCCCCAAGAACUUCCCCCAUGACACAAAGGGGAGAGGAACAGCUGAGUAUUUCAGAGAAGUUGGUAAUAGCAGAGUAUGCCUAUGUACAGAAGAACAAGAAAGGGGCUGAGGUGGGACCCAGCAUGACAGGUCCCAAUGAUUCAAUCCCUGGGGAGAGAGGAGCCUUGCAACCUGGAAAAGCAGCUGAGGUGGAGGUUCUGUAUUCAAAGAUCAGCAGGGUAGGCCGGAAACCUUUGGAGCCCACCUGGAACAGAGCUCUCUGUAACCAGCUGGACAGAAAUACUCAGGCCCCCCUAAUGGAGACUGCAAAUGAACAGAGCCCGAGUCCAGCUACAAACCCCUCCUACAGGAGUAGCAGUCCCACCUGGGGCAGGGAUACAGAAAAUGGUCCCACUGAGAAUUUUUAUGAGAGCAUCAAUGAGAUAGAGGGGCUUGGUGAGGCACAGAUUCAUAAGCCCUCUAAAGAUUUAUGAAAAUGGGGAAAAAAUAAAGGCAAAAGGAGUCCA